UGUUGUGACAAGGCGGCGUGUCGAACGGAAAAGGAACUUUUUCAUUUUUUUGGCGAAACGAGACGACCCCGGAACGGACCGAAAAUGUUUAAAAAGUUCGAUGAGAAAGAAAGCAUCUCCGGGGUGCAACAGCUGAAGUCGUCGGUACAGAAGGGCAUCCGAGCCAAGCUGAUUGAGCAGUUUCCCUUCAUCGAGAGUCACAUCGAUCUCAUACUGCCGAAAAAAGAUGCCUUCCGGAUAGUGAAAUGCCACGAUCACAUCGAGAUUUUGGUGAAUGGAACCGGAGAGCAGGUGUUCUUCCGGCAUCGUGAUGGCCAGUGGAUGCCAACGUUGCGACUGUACCACCGCUUCCCGUUCUUCCUGCCGAUGGAGCAGGUUGACAAGGGUGCCAUACGGUUUGUGCUGAGCGGCGCGAACAUCAUGUGCCCCGGUUUAACGUCUCCCGGUGCGUGCAUGACGCCGGUCGAGAAAGGUACGGUGGUGGCGGUUAUGGCGGAAGGUAAAGAGCACGCCCUUGCCAUCGGCCAAACCACUCUGUCCACGGAAGAUAUUGCGAAAUUAAACAAAGGUGUGGGGGUCGAAAAUUGUCACUAUCUCAACGACGGAUUGUGGCAGAUGAAACCGGUCAAGUAAUGCGGUGAAAAGCGGAAUUCUUUCGUAAGGUGUAAAUACAUUUGCCAUGCAAAUCGAUUCGCUCCAUAAA